AUGCGCGUCCUGAAUAUUCUUUUUGUCGCUAUUACUACUGCUUACGCGGUACCCCAGUCGCGAUGUCGCCCGGAAGUCACACAGGUCCGACGAGAAUGGCAGGAAAUGAGCGCGACCGAGCGGACAGACUACAUAGAUGCUCUUUGGUGUAUGCGAGGUCGGCCGUCACACCUGCCCAACGAUGAGUUUCCGGGCGUGCGCGAUCGGAUUGAUGACUUUGUCUCCACUCACAUCAACAACACCCUGCUUGUCCAUAACAACGGUCUGCUUCUUCCGUGGCACCGCCAUCUCACUUACCUCUGGGAAAAGGCCAUUCGGGAAGAAUGCGGCUACGUUGGUUCUCAACCAUACUGGAACUGGCCGCUCUACACCGAAGACCUCCUGAACAGUCCGCUAUUUGACAACAGCCCAACCUCUCUCUCCGGAAACGGGCUGUACAAUGCUUCGGCAGCCGAGCAUCCUCCCCUUUGCCCCGCCAACAUUCACGGCUGCCUGCCUCCCGGCAAUGGGGGUGGCUGCGUCAGGGCAGGCCCCUUCGCGAACUGGACGCUACACCUUGGGCCCUUCAGCCGUGACUGGGUCAAAUCGUACGGACCAUUGCCACCCGACCCAUGGGCCUACAAUCCGCGCUGCCUGAAUCGCAACUUUCGACCCGAGUCCCUCCAGACUCUGAACAACCAGCUCCGCGUUGAUCUUCUUCUCGCUGCCCCAGACAUGGACGCUUUCAUGGCGCUCAUGGACCCUAGCAACGCGACGCAGAUCGGGUCGCAUGGGGGCGGCCACAGCACCGUUGGAGGAGCGAUGCUGGAUGUGUUCGCCAGCCCGCAUGACCCCACCUUCUUCCUCCACCACGGCAUGGUCGAUCGAGUCUGGACGCUCUGGCAGGAAGAGGACUUCGCGAAGAGAUGGGACGCGCUGAACGGGACUGCGGUGAUUUAUAACCCCCCAGAUGCGCCGUUGGUGACGCUAGAUACCGUAAUGGAUUUCGGGGUGUUAGAUGUGCAGCGAAGAGUUGGCGAGGUGAUGGACAGCCGGUCGGGAAUGUAUUGCUACAAGUAUACUUAG